AUGGUAACAGGUAAUUGUAAUGUUACCCUAGUCUCGUUUAGAAACAGUGAUAGGUUUACCGUGAUAAUGUCAUUACGUUCAAAGACAAGAGUUCGCAUCAUCAGGAUCUGAGACACAGCGCCCUUGCGUAUUUCAUGGUUUGGUUUUAGAAAGAUUUUUGAGACUGAAAUUUAGGGGUUUAAUUAGUUUUAGUCUCAACGUGGUAGUUAUAGUGUCCAUGUUUACGGUUGCUUGAAAAAGGGAGUAUAAAGCGUAUAGCGUAUUUAGUAAGAGUAUAGACAAAAGAAAUCAGACGCAAUUUGUUUUUCUCUAUCUCUUGGGCUCGAUUUUCCAAGAAACUUUGCCGGAAAGAGGACCUAAUAAUUGUUAAUGUUAUUGUAAAAAAAAAGCCAAAUAGACAGUAAUUUGAUGGUGCACACUCCUAUGGACUAUUAGAAAUAACGUGAACAAAAUGUUCAAAACUUUGCAGUGAAACCACUCAUCUGCGGCUCGUGAUUUCACUUGAGUUUUGAACGUUGUGAGGUCACUUCUAUGGUCAGGAACCCACAGUAGUCAUGGGUUCCUGCUAUGGUUCAUAGCAGUGUUGACCAUGGAAAAUUGUUGUCCGCGAGCGUUUGUUAAUUUCUUAUCAGAAACUGAUGGAUACGCCCAAGGGAUGCCAGAUUUGAGGGAGCUUUACUGUAUGCUGCAGUUUUACUGAAUUAUAUAUUUACAUAUUUCAGGAGCUAAAGCCUCUCUGAAGAUGAAUAUGCCUGAAAAGGUGAUCGCGUGGUGUGAAAGAGGAUUAGAAGUAUCCUUAUGUUCAUACUUUUUAAGUCCAUAGUAAAAAGGUGUUGCAGCGUACUAUACGCAUCACCAUACAUUCCCGGUUAUAAAAUAAUGUUAAAAUGCUGCGAAUUUCUUCACCCCUUCCUUCCCUACGAUCUAGGUUGCAAAAAGAAUUGUGUGUUUUCUCGCCUUCUUUGAUUCAUAUGUGGAAGUAAAAGCAGGAAAAAGAUAAGUCACUUUUCAAACAUAGAUGUACAUGCCUGUUAUAGACUAACCUCUCUUUUGAGUAAAGGAAGCAUGGAGGAAGGCCAAGGUCAACUCUAGUUUUAUUGUUAAAACCUUAACAAUUUUUUAAGAUUGACAAGGAAAACCAAACCUUGCUGGAGCUGAGGAAACGUGCGUUAACAUGCGCAGAAAAAGAAAACACUCGUUUAGGAAAUACAGUCAUCGACAAAAAGGUGUCUUUCUUUAACAUAAACGUUUUUGUUUGAUUGUAUGCCAUAUAGAAGUUCUCUUCAUAUUUGACAAAGCUGAGUUUAGUCAAAGGGAAAACUUUGUAAAAAGUAGCAAAAACAGUGGGAGGGGCGUUAAAAAAAUUGGAUGUGGCCCCACGGCGGAAAGCGGAGAUUUUUUGUAUUUUUUUGUGUGGUGGGGGGGGGGGGGGGUGAGGGGUACAUUUCUGCUCCCCACCAUACAAACGUCUGUAAAAUUUCACCACUUUGCGGCGGUGCUAUAUCUUCCAUAGUUUUCAAAAAAUCACUAUCAAACUUGGCAAUUUUACUAAUUUUAAUUGAAAAAACCGUGAAAGGGUCUGUUGACUGUAACUUUAGAAUAGCAACUGGGCGAAAGAUUGCUUGAGAUUACCGAGAACAACCAAGGCAAAAUACACGGACCGAACCAGAUCAGGAGAAUGAAACAAGCUGAAAAUUCAUAAAAAAUUAGCGGCAAGUGAGCAACUGACUGAUUGAAUCUACCUCUCUCUUCUUCUACUCACACCAUGAGCUAAAAAUAAAAUGUAGAAUGGUUGAAGGUAGUACGGUAACAUAUCAACACGUUCAACACGUACUGUUAAAGAUACUUCAAUUUGCUUCAUUUUCAGGAAUUGCAGAGGUUUUCAAUGAUGAAGGCAGUAAAGGUUGCGACAAAAGAGACUACAGCUACGCCGUUUACUUUUACACUGAGGGGAUUAAAGUGAAUUGCAAGGACAAGGAUCUGAUGGCUGAACUGUACAGCAACAGAGCACAUGCACACCUUUGUUUGGGUGAGUCUGUUUGUAUUUUCCAGGGUUUAGUAGGUUGCGUACUUGUAGGACUUUCAAUUAAUUGCUAUCAGGUGUUGUGCUUGUUCAAAGCCCUCACUGUUGUUUGGAUACAAAAAGGAACACUGAUAAGGUGUUGUUUCAUUGAUUGACCAGGCCUGUUGACAACACAAGAUAAGAGAAGAAAAUAUUUUAUUUGGAGUCUUAUACAAGCUAGUUCAUAAAAGUUUUGAAUUUCCAAAUGAUUCAAAAUUACAAAAUAUACUGGUCAUUGAUUCAUUACACUACGAUACGCGGGGGUGGGGGGGGGGGGGGGGGGGGGGGAGGCAUUUUGUGGGGGGGGAGGGCCCGCCGGGGGGGGGGGGAUUUUUUAGGCUCCCGGAGUUUGAAAAAAAAAAAAAUUUGUGAUUUUAUAAUGUUGGGAGGUGGAAAUAUAUUAUUUUUAUUUCAGCUACGUUUUUGUUUGAUUGUAUGCCAUAUAGAAGUUCUCUUCAUAUUUGACAAAGCUGAGUUUAGUCAAAGGGAAAACUUUGUUGAGGCGAUUGGUGUGGCGGAUUUAGUCCUAUCUUUUGGCUGGAGUUUAACCACACAUGAAGAUCAAUCGUCAUUCUCUAAUAAGCUUCCGCAGAUGUAAUUUACUAAUAUGACGUUAAUAGAUCGCGCAGAGGGUUCAGAUAGAUGAGCUAAGGGAGCCCAUGGAAGCCAAUAAGGCUUACGACAAAAAGGGUAUUUUUUUCAUCUUAACUGAAAAUAUAACUUGCUGUCUAAGUUACAUUUGUGAACGGUUUAAAUGAAUUGCUACUGGCUACAAUCUUUGGAAGACGUCGUGGCCCGUUUUUCGUACGAGACGUAAAUACAAACAUAAGACAACAUUAACCUAGUCCCCAGGCCUCAUUAUUCCGCGCGGCCAAUGCGUUUCAGGUCAUGUGGUACGAACGAGUUCGAACGAGUCUGAACGUUAUUUGUCUAGCUUACGUCACCGAAAUUUAUUGACCGAGAACAGACUAGGCAAAGAGAGCAACGAGAACAAUCGAUAUAUCAGUUGUUUUGGUAUUUAAGUGCCAAUGUAGCUUUGGUAAUCUACUUCAAAAAUUCUCUUGAAACUAAGUGAUCACAAUUUGGGCCCAAAACUCUUUCAAGUUUUAGCCCCUGACUCUAUGUUACUCCAUGCUACACCUGAAAAUCAAACUAUUUUGGCAGCAAUUUUAAGUUAAAAAACAAUUAAAAAUGAUAAUAAAACAGUCGCAACUUGGGACUUCAAGAAUUUUUAUGAAUUAACAGUUAGCUACAGCUUGCAUUAUACUUUCUCACCAGCUUUUUCAUGUCACACACGUUUUCUCUAGAAUGAUCUCCGUACGUUUCCGGAAGGAAUUAGUUAUAAGAAUUUGAUAAGAGAUCUAAGCAUUUCCCCUUUGGUGAUUAUUCAAUUUAUAAAUUUUUAUAACCUGUUGUCUUGAUGAAGUAUUGAUAAUGUUGAGAGAAAAAAAAUUUGCUUCCAUUGCAUAAUCUCGACCAUUAUUAUUAUUAUUACUAAUUAAGAUAUUGCUUAAAUUUUCUAGUCUUUCCAAAAAAGCAAAAGCAAACAAGGACUACACAGCAGCGCUUUCAAAGAGGAUGGCGUGGACAGUUAUGACCUUGCAAUCAAAGCAUUCAAAAGAGGUGAUUUUAGAGCAGCCCGGGAUUAUUUUGAGUUAGAAUUUAAGCAGGCCAAAAAGAACAAAGAAAGGGAUAGGGAAUGCAAAGCAUGUAUAAACCUUGGCAGUACUUAUGGCUCUCUCGGGCAGUUCCAAAAAGCAAUCGAACUCUUUCAGCGGGCUCUUGGUAUCGCAGAAGAGACUGGCAACAAAGAUUCAGAAGGAACAACAUAUGGAGGCCUUGGUGCUGCUUAUCACUCUCUCGGGCAGUUCCGAAAAGCAAUCGAAUUCUUUCAGCGGGCUCUUGGUAUCGCAGAAGAGACUGGCAACAAAGAUUCAGAAGGAACAACAUAUGGAAGGCUUGGUGCUGCUUAUCACUCUCUCGGGCAGUUCCGAAAAGCAAUCGAAUUCUUUCAGCGGGCUCUUGGUAUCGCAGAAGAGACUGGCAACAAAGAUUCAGAAGGAACAACAUAUGGAAGGCUUGGUGCUGCUUAUCACUCUCUCGGGCAGUUCCGAAAAGCAAUCGAAUUCUUUCAGCGGGCUCUUGGUAUCGCAGAAGAGACUGGCAACAAAGAUUCAGAAGGAACAACAUAUGGAAGGCUUGGUGCUGCUUAUCACUCUCUCGGGCAGUUCCGAAAAGCAAUCGAAUUCUUUCAGCGGGCUCUUGGUAUCGCAGAAGAGACUGGCAACAAAGAUUCAGAAGGAACAACAUAUGGAAGGCUUGGU